GCCGCGCAACGAAUUAUGUUCAUACAUACAAUGUAUAUAUACAUAUGUAUAUUUUUGUUGGCACAUUGCACUGUGUUGCUGGUUAUUUUUAGGCUAAAAGAGCAAAUAAGGCAAGCAUGAUGAGCAAACACAUAGAAAACAUUGUCAACAGGUUGCGGAAGUGACGCUCAAGGUUCAAGGAUAAACCCAGUGUUAAUAUUUUAUGUUCGUUAGUGUGGAAAAUCGCAAUUGUGCGAAAUUCGCGUGAUUGAUGUAUGAACAAAUGAUUAGGCAGUAUGUGUGAUUCAUAAUCUGGUGUAGUAAAGCACAAAAUAAUCAGAGCGCAAGAGCGGGCAUGGGCGGGGUGGGCGUGGCGUGGCAUGUGGGGUGACUUUGUUGUAGAUAAAGAAGCAAAUAAAAGCCCACAACAAAAACGGGUUUUACUCUUAACCUCGGUACGUGUGCAGUAGUGAAAAGAAAUAAGUCAUCGGACGCAGUACGUGUGUGCCACAAUAAAUAAAUGUACCUACACAUGUGCAUGUACCUACACAUAUAUUUAAAAAUCGUUGAAUUAUCACCAGUAAUGGCCGUAACUAAGGCCAAAAAGCACCUCAGCCAGCGGUUGCUAGCCAGCACCAAGAAGUGUAAACAAUGUUGACUAUAACGCCCCCACUUCCCGCCCUUGCGCACUGCGAUUUUAUGGUUGUGUCAGGGUAUGGAAUACGGAGUAUGAAACGUGUUUUCGAUCCAGUCCCACACUCGCGAAUCAAAACAAAUAAUACUCGUGGAUGUGCCGCCACAGUGAAUCACGACGCCAGUAACGGGAACGCAGUCGAUGCGAGGGUUCCACACUCAGUGCGCCGCAAGAGGUCGGUCGAGGAAGACGCCUUCCAUAUAAAGAACAUCGAUUUACAGCAGCGACACCAAGACGCAGCCGCAGACGCAGCUCCACCAAGAUGUCAUCAUGGGCGCGGCACUGUGUGCCACUGGGCUUCGUUCUCCUUGGUAUCUGCUGCAUCGCCAGCGGUUUUUACCUCUUCCGCAACUGGAUCGAUAUGUUUACACGCAUGCGCGGCCAGGAAAUGGCCCUGAGCCCCAAAUCACGAUCAUUCGAGGGCUGGAAGGUCUCCCCGCUGCCUUUAAACUUCGAUAUCUACCUAUUCAACUGGACGAAUCCGGAUGACUUCUAUGUGGGAUCUGGUAAGAAGCCACGCUUCGAGCAAUUGGGACCCUAUCGGUUUCGGGAGAAACCCGACAAGGUGGACAUCAAAUGGCACAAUCAUAACGCCUCCGUAUCAUUCCGCAAAAAGUCCUGGUUCUACUUCGAUGCUGCCGGCAGCAACGGAAGUUUAUUGGAUAAAGUCACCACAGUCAACACCGUAGCGCACAGUGCUGCUAGACGUGCGGCUGACAACUGGCUUGCUAGAGGUAGCAUUAACAUUGCCAAUAAAAUUUAUGGCCAGGAAGUGACCAUCACGAGAACCGUUGAUGAAAUGCUCUUUAGGGGCUAUGAGCAUCCAUUCAUAAACGUCGGCAAACUGCUGAGUCCUCAGGAUGUUCCCUUCAAACGUGUAGGCUUCCAUUACUCCCGAAAUGGCAGUUCCGCCUUCGAUGGUGACAUUAACAUGUUCACAGGAGCCGAUGAUAUUGCCAAAAUGGGUCAGAUUCAUACGUGGAAUAACUUGACGCACACUGGAGCCUUUGAAGGCACCUGCGGGCAGGUGCACGGCUCAAUGGGCGAAUUCUUUCCGCCCAAUCUCAGCACCCACGACACUGUCUUCAUGUACAUGCCCAAGAUGUGCCGUGCUAUACCUCUAGACUACGUGGAAACUGUCAGCGUGCAUGGCGUGACCGCCUACAAGUUCAGUGGCACUAAGCACGCCGUGGACAAUGGCACUCUGUAUCCGGACACCAGUUGCUAUUGCGUCAAUGGAAAGUGUAUGCCCGCCGGGGUGAUCAAUAUCGGACCCUGCGCCUUCAACGCAUCCGUCUACAUGUCUUUUCCGCACUUCUACAUGGCGGAUCCAAGCUAUCUGGACGCCAUCGAGGGUAUGCGACCAGAACGCGAGAAGCACGAGUUCUUCAUGACCCUGGAGCCCAAUGCUGGCGUGCCAAUGGACGUGGGUGGUGGCUUUCAGGCCAACUACUACAUGGAACCCAUUUCGGGCAUUGCCGUGUAUGAGAAUGUCCCAAGGGUUAUGAUUCCCAUGAUGUGGUGCGAGGAGCGAGUACGAGUUUCGGAGGAAAUCGCCGCAGACAUCGCGCUUGUUCCGCUUAUUGUCCUGCUGGGACAGAUCGUAACCGGCAUCCUUUUGGCCGGCGGUCUUAUAUGCACUUGCUGGUACCCGACGCGACAAGUGACGCACUUCUGUCACAGCGAUCCGAAGACCAAGGCCAACGUCCUGCGUCCCCUCAAUGUCUUUGGUGUAAAUUCAUCGGCAGCCACAGCUCCGGUGGCGCAACUAUUCCGGAACAACAUUAGUUCAUCGGGCAAUGAGCGCGUUGGAGUACGCCUGCUGGACUAUAAUCGCGAUUCCGGCGUAAGAGAGGAAAGUGGUAUUACGGAGAGCUCGCACAGGGAACGUCUGAUCAGCCAGCACUCGCCCGAUGUUAUAGUUAGAUAAUACAUGCGUUGGCAUCAAGCCAUUCUGACGGUGCCUCCAACGAUCAUCUGCCUAAGACUCAUUUACGUUGCCGUAGCCUAGAAUAGCAUAACGUGAUGAAACCAUUCUGCCUUAGCCAGGCUCAAGGAGGCUGAACUGCAGAGGCAGUUGAGGAUGUUGUUGAGGAUAUCGUUCCAGUUCACGUCACACACCACAUUACCACACACGCCCGGUCGCAUUAGGAGUUCCCUCAACACAUCUGCACGCUUUGCAGACAGCGAGAGAGAUUUAUAAGAUUAUUUAUUUUAGUGCCAAAUAACAGCAGAAACGCAAGCAAAAAGUCAUUAACUAUUUUAGUAGGAUAAAGUAAACUGUAUAUAGAGCGACUCGUGUAGCGCCCCAUUACUCAUUUUCCUUAAUUCUUGAAGUUAAAACUGCGCAUGCCCAAAGUAUUUAUAUUUAUAUAAUAAUGCAUAUCUUUUGUAGAGCGACAUUGAAGGUUUUAAUCCAUAUUGAUCUGAAGUUAUUAAGAAAUCAUACUGAACAGAACACAGCUAGCUAGAAUUGUUGCUCAUUUAGGUAGGCCUACACAUUACAAAUUAAAAGUUGUUUUAAGUAUUGUACAAAUAACGCUAGCACUGCAAAGAUUACGCAUAUCCUAUGUACAUAUGUCAAUCAGUUUAAGAUCUAAAUACCUAGUUUGUAAAGCACAGCUGUGAACCCGGAAAUAUUUCCAAAAAUUCCUUAAGAUAAAUGAAUAGAAAAAAUGUUUAAAAUCAAGUGAUCAAAGAGGGACUGAGAAUGACAGCAGUUACUAAAAUUACGUAUGGAGACGCUGGAAAAAUGUCCAAACAUAUCAUGAUAUAAAUUGAAUUUGAGAAAAGUAAAGUAAAAAACAAAUCCAGUAGGGUAUAUAAAUAUUUGUUAUUAUGAAACGAUUCGUUUGCCGAUUCAAUACAUUUAAAAAAUAUUACUGUUGCCUUGAAAACAUUUUCCCAUAAUAAGUUUCUUUAAGUCUUCACGAUACUUGAAUGUUUAAGUGUUUUAAAAAAGAUCUUUUUUAUAUAGAACGCGUCACCCAAUGCGAUUUCCAAAUAUUCCACCUAACCUAAAAUAAAACUGUCAAAAUAGUAAA